AUAUAAAGACCUACAUGACUUUGAACUGCAGGAUCCCACAAGAGUUCUUGAGUGGAUUGGUGACAAAAGUAAGCAAAUAGCUUUUUUUAUUCCUGCAUUUUCAAUGUAGUAUCUGAGAGUCUGGUGUAAUUGUAAGCAUUUUUCCACAGCUAUCUGCAUAGCCGGUUUUGAAUCUGCCAAAACGAAUGAGAUUUUACAGCUGCUUCUUCCACCGAAAUUACAUGCAGUAGAAAAUCAGGUCAGUUUGUAA